AUGUCGGCAGCUAAUGGGAAAAGUGGCCUCAACAAUCGAUUCCAAUCUUAUCAGCAUGGGACGUAUCAACCUCCUCAAACUUACGCUGAGCAGCAGACGGAUGUUUUAGUAGACACUGCGAAGACACAGUAUCAGGCAGAAGGCACUGCCAAUGCUGUCCUCACGCAGAUGACUCAACAGCGUCAACAGCUUACUGAAGCACAUGAUGAUGUUUGGCACAUGCGCGAGGCCACCGACAGUGCCAAGCGAGAGCUUCAGGAACUGAACAACAAGUACCGAGCCAAGAAGUUGCGAUUGUAUAUCAUGAUUGGGUCGCUCGGACUUGCAGAUUUGAUGUUGUUCCUUCGGAUUGUCCAAUGCCGUGGAGGAUUCUUCUGCUGA